ACCUCAUCGAUCAUUGCAAGCGGUCAUCAGCACGGGUGGAGCCUGCUUACUGCCCUGCUGUCGACGCUCAGAUAUAAAGUAACGGCGAAGCAUCCCAGUAUAUAGUAGCAUUGCAUAUACAUCUCAUCCAUCGCACCUGGAUAUAACAGAAGCAACCCCCAACCGGGUCUGCACCCUCCUUACAGAAACACUACCACUACUACAUAUCCAUUCCUCAAUACCUACCUACCCUAACUAAGACACCAUGCUGUGGACCCAUCAUCUACCAACCCUCUGGGCCCUAACCCUCCCCCUACUCACAACCGUACUAUCCUCCCCCAUCGACAUCCGAGCCACAGCGGGACCCUGGCUAGCCCUAGACACAGACUUCCCCGACCCAGGCUUCGUCCAAGCCGACGACGGCACCUGGUACGCCUUCGGCACGAACGGCAACAACCGCACGGUACAAGUAGCCAAAUCCAGCGACUUCAAAACAUGGACCCUCCUAGAUAAAGAAGCCCUCCCCACACUAGCAGGCUGGGAGACGCAAAUCGACCACUGGGCCCCAGACGUAGUCCGCCGCAACGACGGCAAAUACAUCCUCUACUACAGCGGCGAAGCCCAAUCCGACCUCCGCCACCACUGCAUCGGCACCGCCAUCUCCACCACCACGGACCCCAGCGGUCCCUACAUCCCCAACCCGACCCCUCUCUCCUGCCGACUCGACCAAGGCGGAAGCAUCGACGCGUCCGGCUUCCUCGACAAAGACGGCACCCGCUACGUAGUCUUCAAAGUGGACGGCAACAGCAUCGGCAACGGCGGGGACUGCAACAACGGGAUUGCACCACUGAAACCCACCCCCAUCCUUUUACAGAAAGUUGAUACCGAUGGGUUCACGCCCGUCGGCGACGCAGUGCAGAUCCUAGACCGCGAUGAUAGCGAUGGACCGUUAGUCGAAGCGCCGAAUUUGAUUCUCCAUGGCGAUACGUACUUUCUGUUUUACUCGACGCAUUGCUAUACGGAUGAGAAAUAUGAUGUGCGGUGGGCGACGGCGCCGGAGAUUACGGGCCCGUAUACGAAGACUGGCAAGCAGUUGGUUAAGUCGGGGGAUUAUGGGUUGGUCUCGCCUGGGGGUGGCACGGUUUGUGGCUGUGGGGAUCGCAUGCUGUUUCAUGGGUUUUGUGCCCAGGGGGAUAGUAGGAGGUGUAUGUAUGCGGCGGAGGUGAGGAUUCAGGGGGUUGAGGUUGAGUUUGUUUAGUUUUUAUAUAGUAUUAUAUGGUGUGGCUGGUUUAGUGGGUGGCGUUUUUGGUGUCUUAGGUCUGGUUUUGUGUGUUUGGGGUUGGGGUUUUGUGCUAUAUACCAUCACGUUCGUUUGGGAGAUGUCAAUUCUAUUGUCAAGUGCGAGAUCUGGAAGAGUAGUCAUUUUGCUUAUCCUUUGACACGGAAGCCGAAGUGGGAUAGAACUUGCAUUGGUAUCACAUUCAUUGGGAUGCUACUACCAAACAAGUACUACUGCUAGUAUGAAGUCUGUGCUAUUACUGUUCUAAACAGAAUACAAUUGUAUAUAUUUCUCAAUUAACUCACUCACUCUUAAGAGCAAUCAUCAACAAACAACUGACCUACUGCCCGCCUGCGGACAACGCCGGGUCCUCCCUUUCUUGCAUCAUAGC